CAUCAACGCAACAACCUCGACUCUUGCGUUGACCACUUGCUUCCUGUUACAACACACAACACACGCACAAGAUGGCGCUUAAGAGAAUUAACAAGGAGUUGACCGACCUCGGCCGUGACCCUCCCUCAUCCUGCUCCGCUGGUCCCAUCGGAGAUGACCUGUUCCACUGGCAAGCCACCAUCAUGGGUCCCGGUGACUCCCCAUACUCGGGCGGUGUCUUCUUCCUCGCCAUCCACUUCCCCACAGACUACCCCUUCAAGCCUCCCAAGGUCAACUUCACCACCCGCAUCUACCACCCCAACAUCAACAGCAACGGCAGCAUCUGUCUGGACAUCCUCAGAGAUCAAUGGAGCCCUGCUCUGACCAUCUCAAAAGUCCUGCUUUCUAUCUGCUCCAUGUUGACCGACCCCAACCCUGACGACCCGCUCGUUCCCGAGAUCGCACACGUCUACAAGACUGACCGUUCGCGCUACGAGGCUACUGCCAGAGAGUGGACAAGAAAGUACGCCAUCUAAGAAGUCUAGCAGCAAAGCCCGUCAAAGGGCCCAACAAACGGCCGAACGAGUGCAUCGAGGAUCAUUCUAUCUUCCUUAGCGUGCGGAGGCAUAUUUUUCACGACAGACGGAUUCUGGGGAUGAUGGUUUCUUUUGUUGUCGAGUCGAGGUGACGGUAAUCAUCGGUUGGAGCUCUCAGUGGAGAGCAUCUGCUAGCUACCGCUCGCUCACACGCAACGCAAAAAAGCCCAUUGCCUCAUCACGUAUGCACAACUCGGCUUAGCCUUGCUUUUUACUGCCAGACACACAACGAUGGAGCGUUCUGGCGCAUCGGUUUCA